CUUUUGCCGGAUAUGUUUCUUGCCCAUCAGAUUAACAACUUCCGCAUAACGCUGCCCUCACGCCGGAUUUAACAUGGCGGCGGGACCGAUUUCGGAGCGCAACCAAGAUGCCACUGUGUAUGUGGGUGGUCUGGAUGAGAAAGUGGCAGAGCCACUGCUGUGGGAGCUCUUCCUACAGGCUGGGCCUGUGGUCAACACACACAUGCCCAAAGACAGAGUCACGGGACAACACCAAGGCUAUGGCUUUGUUGAGUUCCUCAGUGAAGAGGAUGCGGACUACGCCAUCAAGAUUAUGAACAUGAUUAAACUAUACGGAAAGCCCAUCCGUGUCAACAAGGCCUCAGCGCACAACAAGAACCUAGAUGUUGGCGCCAACAUCUUCAUCGGUAACCUGGACCCGGAGAUUGACGAGAAACUCCUCUACGACACGUUCAGCGCCUUUGGGGUCAUACUCCAGACGCCCAAGAUCAUGCGCGACCCGGACACUGGCAACUCCAAGGGCUACGCCUUCAUCAACUAUGCCAGUUUCGAUGCCUCUGACGCGGCCAUCGAGGCCAUGAAUGGCCAGUACCUGUGCAACCGACCAAUUACAGUGUCAUAUGCCUUCAAGAAGGAUUCCAAGGGCGAGCGGCACGGCUCGGCCGCUGAACGCCUCCUAGCUGCCCAGAACCCACUUUCGCAGGCUGACCGGCCGCAUCAGCUGUUUGCAGAUGCACCGCCUCCCCCCUCUGCGUCAACGCCUGUCCUCACCACCCUGGGACCCGGGAUGCCCAUGCCUGGCAUGCCCCCUCCUGGUGCCUUCCCUCCUGUGCCACCCCCUGGAUCCAUGCCUCCUGGCAUGCCCCCCGGCAUGCCCAUGCCCCCAGCCCCAGGGACACCAGGACCCCAGGGAGGGGGCUCAGGCCCCCCACCCGGCCCGCCACCCUUCCACCAGGGCAUGCACCCGGGAAUGCCCCAGAUGUCUAUGCACCCUCAUGGCCAUCCCCCAGGUAUGGUGCCUCCACCGGGCCCCCCAGGAUCCAACCAGCACCGGGCGCCUCCACCCCCCGGCAUGCCCCCUCAUCCACACAUGGGCAUGCCACCGAGAGGGCCCUAUGGGCAUCCCAUGGGUCACCCCAUGCAUCCAGGCAUGAGAGGACCCCCUCCUCCCAUGCCCCCACCGGGCUACGGUGGGGGUCCCCCUCGUCCGCCUCCGUUUGGCUUCCAGAGGGGGCCACCAAUGCCACCGAGGCCACCCGGUGGCCCACCUCGAGGCCCCAUGAGAGGACCAAUGCCCCCAUAGACUACGGAGGACCACAGCAAGGCGCAUGACCAUGCUUUCAUUUAGCUCUUUUAAAAUUUGAUUUCUAUUCUUUGAUUUCUAUUCUAGUACCAUUUGGAGACCUGGUGUAGCUCCAUUUAAAAAAAAAUGUUUUUUUUUUUUUCAUUUUCUUCACUGUACAGAACCGAACAAAGGUUCGGAAUAAAGGUUUUUAAUACAACAAA